AUGGGACAGAAUGCUGAUAUUAUGCACAGUGUGUCUCAAAGGGAGUUUACCACCUAUGUUGAGUGUUUAAGGCAAUGCUAUGUUGCCGAGAACACAUUGAAGAGAGUCCAAGAUGAAAGAGAACAGAAUAAGCCGGUUCGUAGGGAACAAGUAAGGUCGGGACAGCAUUUGAAACCCCGCAAUUCUCCAGCCAUGAAGAAGCAGGUUUAUGGAGAUCGCUCUACUCAGCCUCCCCGAUGUGUUAGAUGCAAAGGAAAUCACUUUGGGAAUUGCAAGCCAGACUCUGGGAGAUGUUACCGUUGUGACCAGCCAGGGCAUUACGCGAGGGAUUGUACCGCCCCGAAUGCUCCCGAGAAGACUAGAGGCCGUGUUUACACCUUGGACGCUAGGAAGGCCCAAGGAAACACUAAUCUUGUUGCUGGUACGUGUUAUGUUAAUGAUCAGCCCUUGUUUGUGCUAGUUGAUUGUGGAGAAACACAUUCUUUUAUUUCUUAUCCUUGUGUGUGGAGGCUUGGUUUUGAAACGAGUCUUCUUCCUAAUCCUAUGAUUAUCUCGUCGGCUACGGACGAUGUGGUAGAAGCUCGGGAAAUUUGCAAGGAGUGUUCUAUUACCUUCAAUGGUCGUAGAUUCGUGAUUGAUCUCAUUUGUCUACCUCUUAAGAAGAUCGAUGUAGUACUUGGUAUGGACUGGUUGUCAGCUAACUCGGUGUACAUCGGUUGUAAAGAGAAGGCUAUCUUCAUUCCUGCUGAGGAGACUACAUCAACCGAUGCCAUUGAACAUCUUCUUGAAGGUACGAUUAACAUAGUCAACUACCUUUUUGCUCAAGAGAAGUCUUUCCUUUUGGUUCUUACGUCGGACUCCAAGGACAAGAAGAGUGUAUUGGAGAUUCCGGUUGUGUGUGAAUUUUCCGAUGUAUUUCCUGAGGAUGUUACUUCUCUUCCACCGGAAAGGGAAGUUGAAUUAUCUAUUGAUCUUGUUCCGGGUACCGCUCCAGUUUCGAUUGCCCCUUAUCGAAUGUCUCCUGUAGAGCUAAGGGAGUUGAAGAGUCAGCUAGAAUAG